UUUUUGUCGACCGGAAAAUCAUUACCAGAAACAUGGCGGCCCCUUUCAGGAAGAGUUCAGGCUGUUGGGAUGUCCCAGAGAUUUAUAAACACCACGAACAACGGAGAGUGUGCAUUUCUCGACCAAAGUAUAGAGAGGGAAGGAAUGCUAAAGCUGUUAAGGUUUACACCAUCAACUUAGAGUCUCGUUACCUGAUGGUCCAAGGGGUCCCAGCUAUCGGAGUGAUGACAGAGCUGAUCCAGCUGUGUGCCCUGUACGGAGCUGUGGAGGAAUACAGGCCGCUGGAUGAGUACCCUGCUGAGGAGUUCACUGAGGUCUACCUGGUCAAGUUCCAGAAACUCACCAGCGCCAGAGCAGCCAAACGACGCAUGGAUGAGAAGAGUUUCUAUGGAGGCGUGCUGCAUGUGUGCUACGUCCCAGAAUAUGAGACUGUGGAAGACACCAGGCUGAAGCUGCAGGACAGGAGGAGAUAUGUAAUAAGGACUGUUCAUAAUAAAGCAAGAGAAAAGGAAAAGGAACAGAAGGAGGCAGUAAACGAGGAGCCAGCCUCAUCAGACACAGCCACCACGUCACAGACGACCGCCACCAGACAUCAUAAAACUUCUCGCAGUGAUGAUACAGGGGAGACUUCAAACAACAGCCAUUUUUGGAGCUUUCCUCUACUGCCAUUACCUCCCCAGGAAUAUCAUUACCACAGACAUACAAAUCAGCAUGGUACUAGACCAACAGAGGAUAAAAUGGGGACAUUACAUAAUGCCAUCAUUGACAUAAAUCAGCAGCCACUGCAGGGUUCAAGCUCCAGCCAAACCUCUUCCCACAAAGACAGAGACACAGAACACAGACUCGCCUCAAAUCAGCCUCCCGCAGUCAGAUUUGUCCCACGGACCACGCACUUGGAGAGCAGGAAACGCAAGAUGGCGGAGGCUGCCGAGCCCUCGCUGACUGAUGUGCCCAGAAGCAAUGAGCCACUCAUUGGGCCAAAGCUACCGGAGCCAGCUCAACUAGACAUGGAGGAUGUGUCACUGAACACAACUGUGAGCCUGAUCAGGAACACAAUGAAACAGGUGGAAUCUGUACCCAACAUUAAACCAGUAGCGAAAAAGGUGAAACUACGUCGGCGGAUAUGAUCAAGCAAGCUGACAUUGAGAUAUUACUGCAACUACUUUCAAAAGUGAACAGUUUCUCUCUUCAGCUUGUUUUAACUUUUUUUUUUAUUAAAAACAACAGCUGAAAACACACAA